AUGGCAGCUGCAUCAUCAUCUUCAUCCUCGUCGACGCCUGAAUGGCCAGGCGGGUUCGUGUUUGAUCCACUAGACGAAGUGCUAGUGAUUCAUUAUCUUCAUCCUAAGGCCACGGAAAUUUCCAACUGUAAAUGCCCUGAAGUAAUCCCUGAAUGCGAUCUUUACGGCACUGAAGAACCAUGGCAGAUUUGGGAGAAGAUGGAAGAAGCUAAUAACUGUAUAAGGAACAAAGACGAGAUGUUCUUCUUCACAAGAUUGAAGAGGGUCUCUUCCAAGUCCAACCGUUGCAAGAGAAGCAUUGGCAAAGGUUGUUGGAAAGGCGAUGGUAAUUCCAGCAAUAUUUUUUAUUGCGCCUACCAAAACGAAAGAAAAAGAAUCGGAAUCAAAAAGACUUACCAUUAUGAGAAAAACAACGUCAAGAACGACAAGUCCAAGUCCAACGAUGACGACAACAACAACAACCGCUAUCGAUGGAUAUUGCAUGAGAUUAGCCUUGACGAGUCUUUACUACAUCACGCUAAGACUGGAGAUUUGGUGAUCUGUAGACUCAGAAGGCAUUCAAAAAAGGAAGAUAUUGCCCCAUAUAUGAGUGCGUCAAGUCAGAGUAUAAACUAUGAUAGAUCAUACUACAAAUUUGUCAAAUCAAGUUAUAGGUGUACCGGAUUAUACUUUAGAUCAGACGACAAAUAUGUCCAAUCAAAUUUUGAAUAUACCAGAUCAAAUAGGAGAAUAUUGGCUAGAUUUUUUGAUGACAAAUUCAAGAGAAAUAACAAUUAA